AUGACGCCCGCGUCCACGGGUGCGCCCGUCGUGCUCGUGCUCGUGGGACCGAGCGGGUCGGGGAAGAGCACGUUCUCGGAGCGGUUGCGGGCGACGGGGCGGUGGACGGUGUCGAAUCAGGACACGGUGCGGGACGGGCGCAGAGGGACGCGACGGCAGUGCGUGUCGGUGGCGAAACGGGGUGUGUGCGAGGGUAAACACGUGGUGAUCGAUCGUUGUGGGCUGAGUCGGGAGCAGAGGGAAGAUUUCGUGGCGCUGGCGAAGGCGUCGACGCCGCCGUGCGAUUUACACUGCGUGUGGUUCAACCAACCGACGACGACGUAUCAGGAGCGGGCGAGAGCGCGUAGGAAUCAUCCCGGUGGCGUCGAGGGUGAUGGUGCGGUGCGAGUGGUGCAGAUGCAGAUGCGACGCAAGGAUAACGCGCCGCCGACGAAGGAGGAGGGCUUUCGUACGAUUCGCCGCUGUCGAUUUCAGGAUGACGUCGACGCGGCGCUCGGGACGUAUCGAAUGAUUCCACCCAGCACGGUCGCUGUGGAGUUUCCGAAGCACCCUCGAACGAGCGCGACGAAGGUUGAAUCAUCUUCGAAUGCGGUCAUCGUUAUCGAUUAA